GUCACAUGACCGCAGCCGCCGCGCUGUAGUUUCAACGACAGCUGCCUGCCUGGGAGAACAGAGAGAGCGCGCAUCGCGACUGAAGCGCGAGAGGCGGCCGUGCCUUCAACGCUUCGCGUAAACUUUCCACAGCAUGGGAGACAAGAGAAGUCCUACAAGGCCGAAGCGGCAAGCGAAGCCCUCCUCCGACGACGGCUACUGGGACUGCAGCGUGUGCACGUUCAAGAACAGCGCCGAAGCGUUCAAAUGCAUGAUGUGCGAUGUCAGGAAAGGAACGUCAACGCGAAACAAGUGACCUCAUUUCGAUUCAGAAACCGUUCUGGGCCCUUGAUGAAAGCAGAAGGGACCUGGAAACUAAAGCCAGAGGGAUGCAAUGCAGAACUGCAGUGCUGGAUUUUAAGAGAAGGAAGCCUCGUCCCGUUUCCCAGCUGGUAGCCCAGCAAGUCCCACAGCAGUUUGCUUCACCCACACAGCCCAAGAAAGAAAAAAAGGAAAGGACUGAGAAAGACAAGAACGAGAAGGAGCCGAUGCUGAAAAAGAAUAGCCACAAGAAAAUGAGGCCCAGGUUAAAAAAUGUGGACCGGAGCAGCGCUCAGCAUCUGGAAGUGACAGUGGGAGAUCUGACGGUUAUCAUAACAGACUUUAAGGAGAAAACAAAACCCUCCUCCAGUUCUUCCUCUAUCGCGACAUCUGGAGACCACCACAGCCAGAGCGGAUCCAACUCGGAUAACACGGAAAAGGAGAUCUCCAGAUCUUCAUCCCCACGAGGAGAAGGCUCCUCGAUCAACGGGGAGUCUCACUAGGAAACCUAGGAUUAUGAACGCUACUUCCAGUGUCCUGCGCUCAAUAUAUACAUUUUAUCCUGGACAGACACAGGAGCGAAUUUAUGUAUGCCAAGACUUACGAAGACACAGACUUAACCCAGCAAUAUAAGCCAUUUCUCACUACUACCACAAUAAUACAUGAGAUUUCCCAGGAUACGGGUUGGCGAAAUUGUAGAUUUUGUAAGAAACUUUGAUGAUUACUGAACAAAUAGAAGAAAUCAAUUGAAAAUUUUUAAUUUCUGUAUAGCACCGACAUAAUGUAUUAGUAUUACGAAUCAGAUUAGUGUUGUUUGUUUGGAUUUAGACAUUGACGCGCGGCCUUCUCUUUACUUUUGUGGCAUAGUUUUGUAAUUUACAUCCCAAGAAUUAGGCUUGAAGCUGAAAAGGUUUUUGUGUUUAAAUGUGUCGAAUUAACUGGAACGUUUUUGCGAAUGAAUUUCCUUCGGCAUUAAUGCCGUUUCCGUUGCAGCGGUUGCAUAUUGUAACUUUAAUAUUCAUUAUAAGGCGAAGGUUAAGCCGCCUAAUAAUAACUGUGACCGAAACGAAACUUCCUUUAUUGAUUGUUUUUAGCACCAGCUGGUACUUGGUAUGGUUUUAAGCAAAGUUUGAUUAUCUGUUUUUGUUCAUUUCAUAUUUUCGUCACUUUUCACGGUAGAUCGCAUCACGUGUGCGGCUAGUUGUUCUACCAGCAUUGAUUUGUGUUCAAAUGUCUUGAUAUAAUUCUGUUCAUUCUAAAAAAAAAAAUUACAUUUAUGACUAAAAUUGUAAAAUGUAUUUGUAAGAUGUUGACUCAUUGCCUUUAUGACGAACGGUGGUAUAUAAAUAUAUUGCAGUAUAGGAAAUAUCUCUUAAUAAAAUUUAAGGUUUAGA